CCGUGAGUCUAGAAACAUGAACGUCGAAUUCUUGUGAUGGGUCGUGCACGUACACGACCUCCACUACAAAUCCGUACUUCAUGACUGUUCUCAACCAAUUUACAACAUUCCGCAGCCCCCGCCUUGUUACCCUGAAUUUUAGUGCUCAAUAUGCCUAAACAAGAAUUUAAAAUCAAAACUGUUGAUGGCAGGAGCCUAAAAUCCCAUUGUUCCGUCACGCUUCCCGUGCCAAUACUUUGUGCGCAUCUCAACAGACACUGUGCUACUCCUACAUAACACAACUGCCCCUUAGAGUAUCCCUACUUUGCGCCAUCUGCCAAUCGGAAACACACUCAACGGAGAAACGCAUCCGACCAAUAUACCCAAUAAAGAAAAAUUGAGAAAGGGCGUCGAAAGUAUGGGCGUUUCCCGUCGGAAGCGCAGUGAUUAUAGGACAAUUACCCCCCUCCCUUCAAGUACUACCUUCUACCGUAUUACGUCACUGCCUAAUUAUCAACCGCAAGGACACAUCACAGGGAGUACCUUUAGUACUACAAACUUCAUUCAAUAAUCUAAAUUCAGUAACUUCGAAGAAAAAAACCAUCGUCACGGGCAAACGGGACCACCAUCCGCAUGCAAGAUCCCUUUCUGCUUCCUCAAUCGCACAAACAACAUCUGCGUUACCUUGACCAAAGAACCCCACUUUUCAAAUUCCCUCAACAGGAAACUUCAGUGAAAACCGUAGAAAAUUGUGUAUCUCUGACACUUUUCCGGUCGGUCGUAUGUAUGCACAGAUCCACCUUGUACCGCUACCCCCCACGCCUCAAACUUCCCGAUAGAGGAAAUUUGGAGAAAAAUGUUGAAGUCUCAGUGCCGCCAUCGCCAUCCAGAUCUUUCGGAAACUCCCGUCUCCUCAAGUAGUGCUGCCACCACGUCCACCUCCCACAAGAGCGGUUGUACUCACAUGCACUCGAACCUUCCUGAUCCGGGAGUUUCGAGAAAAAGGGUCGAAAACCUUCUGCAUCGGCUCCCAAAUAUACUGAUUCCGGUGAGGGAGAUCACCGCAGCGAGCCAGACCAAGCACAAACAUCUCACAAAACAGCAUCCUCGGGCAACACAACAUGCUUCCCCUCCUUGCACGCUGCACAAUUGUCUAUUUCCAGUCGAAGCCUCACUUUUGAAUAUUCCUAAUUCAGAAAGAUCAUUGAAAAGUGUAGAUUCCACCGCAAUUUUCUUCCGAUUCAUUCAAAUGUUCGGACCGGAGGGAUGUUAUAUGGAGUCUUCACAGGAUGUUACACAUUUAUCUGGAGACUACUUAAUCUGGAAAGUGAGAAGGAAGGUGUUGAAAAUAGUGUUAUACAAAUAUGCGCAAAAUGCAUCACUGAGACGGUGGCUGUCGCAUUCUGAUGCGUGA